CUCAUUCUUUAAAUUUUGCAGAAGCCGUCACGCAAAUCCAAAAAAGUCCACCUUCUAUUACUACCACCGAACCUCUUACCUCACAAUUCAAUAACCCUGACCUUAAUCCCCAGGAAGCCCAUGAAGACUCUCCUCCUCUUAACACUCACACCAACCAACCCACUACGUUUGUUAAUCCAGACCACCCCACAAUUCACACUUCUCAUGCAUCUCCGGCUCAAGAUACAAUUCCUGAUCCCAAAAAACAUCAAUUAAGAACUCUUCGCCCUGCAAAAAAAUAA